AUGGCUAAAAUUGCUACUGAAAGUACAAGGAAGAGAGGUCGUUCUCAGGCUGCUUCAGAAGAACCCACUGUCGCUGUAAAUGGUACUGCUAAAAAGGCCAAAUUAGUAAGAACCAAUGGCAAAGCAACAAAACCAUAUUCCCGCGAUGGUCCGGGCCGACCUGCCAGGACAAGUAGUUCUGUUACAAGUUCAACAUCUCGUACUGUCGUCAACGAGAUUCCCACUUUACCUACGCAGCGUUUGAACGUUUACGUUUUUGGAUCUGGUUCACUUUGUGAGUUGGGCCUUGGUCCUAAUGUCACUGAAGUUAAGAGACCCAGACUUAACCCUUUAUUACCAAUUGACGAAAUUGGUAUUGUUUCUUUGGCUGUGGGUGGUGCCCAUGUCAUUGCUAUUGAUUACGCUGGCAAAUUGUGGACUUGGGGUCAAAACGACUCUGGCGUAUUGGGUCGUUACACCAAAGAAGAUUAUGAGAGCGGUGAUGUUGACCUUGAUAACGAUAUCAACGCAUUAGAAUCAACACCUUCGCGAGUUACUGGUAUUCCAGAUCAUUUGAAAUUUGUCGCUGUGGCUGCCUCUGACAAUUUGUCGGCUGCCAUUACUGACGAAGGGCACCUUUGGGCCUGGGGUACUUUUAUUGAUGAUGGUGACAAGGCCUUCAAGAGUGGCAUUGAAAUUCAAACUACUCCCGUUUAUAUUUCGCAAAUUCGAGGAGCUGUAGGUAUUGCUGGAGGUAAAGAUCAUUUAUUAAUUGUUGAUAAAUACGGACAAGUAUAUGCCUGGGGUACUGGUCAGAAUUACCAGUUGGGUGUGCAAGUCAAUGCUCGUCUCAGAACAAAGACAUUUGGGCCCAUCAAAAUUAAAGGAUUAAAAAACAUUAAAUCAGUUGCCGCUGGCGAAUAUCACUCAUUUGCGAUUGACAUUGAUAACAAGCUGUGGGCAUGGGGUCUCAACAACUUUGGCCAGUGUGCUACUUGGGGUUCGGGUGAUGACAAUGAAGCCGGAAGCGGUGUCUCAGUUACUAAACCCACGUUAGCCAAAUUUUUUGAGGACAAAGAGGUUGCUCAAGUUGAUGGUGGUAACCAUCACUCUCUCAUUUUGACUACCAAUGGCGAAGUCUAUGCCGUUGGUGAAAUGAACUUUAACCAAUUGGGAAUACCAACAAAUGCUCUCCCUGAGUCUACUGUUCGUGAGAAGAAUGGAUCUCCUUCAUACGUUCCGAUUCCCACUAAGCUUACUACAGGCAUGUCUGAGGAACAGAGCUUACAACUCCCUAAAUUCAAAUAUAUCGCUACUGGCACUGAUCACUCUCUUGCUGUAUCUGCUGAAGACGGUUCUAUUUGGACAUGGGGUUUCGGUGAAGUAUAUCAACUUGGCCACGGUAAGCCUGCAGGAGAAGAUUCUCCUGAGGAUGAGGAGGUUCCUACAAGAAUUAAGAACACCGCUACUACUGGUGUCAAUAUGGUAUUUGUAGGUGCUGGUGGUCAGUUCAGCGUUUCAGCUGGUCUUCCCCGCGAAGAAUAA